UGAGAGUGCUCGGGUGAAUACCACAAUUCCUGUAUCGAAGGAAAGUUGGCCUCCUCUGGCCAGUGUGCAAGGCGUAUAGCAAUUUCAAACGGGGAUAUUGGUAUAAGAGCACAGGAACGAGGAGUUGCUCGAGAUAGUCCGGCAUAACGCACCACACCCAGUCUUACACAGCAACGGAGACAUGGAGAUACCGAUCAGAUUUAUUCUGCUGAUGUGUGUCGUUGAAGUGGCGAGGGGACAGUACAAUGAGGCGGAUACCGGUGGAAUACACCAGAGGCCAGGAACCGGUGGCAGAUUGACGGGGAGAUUCGCACCUAGACAGAGUGUGAAGAUCGGUACUGCGGCUGUUAGUAGUAAAAUACGCAGGCCAUUACCGCUCAAAUCUCGCCCGCUGACGGUGGAGCCCCUGGAGGUGUCCCCUUUGAACAUCAGGACCUCGCGUCCAGUCUUCAUUCCCCCGACGCGUGACGCCCCGACCCAACCAGCACAACCCCAACAGGACCAGCCAGUGAAGCCAGUGAGUGAGGAGCACGAGGAGGAACCCGAGGACGCAGUCCAGGCGAUAUCAAGUCUGGGGGGUAUAUCCCAACCCCCAGGGCCGUACAUUCCUAGUUUCUUCUCGUCUCAGUCGCCCCCUCGUCCCGAACCCCAGAUAAUUCACUACCGUCCAACAGCCUCACGGCCCCCGGUGCCCCAGCCUCAGCCCCUGCAGGAUCAGAACAUCACUCCCGUACAGUAUCGACCCCAAAAGCCCCUGAAGAUUCGCAAACCCGUUGAAGAUAUCCAGGAGGUACGAGUUCCCAUCAAGCAAACGCAGUUGGCGUCCAACAAAAAAACCACAAAGUCGGAAUACCGAGGGAAAAAACCAGUGGCUCAGGUGAUCCGGAGAUGGCGUGAGGACAAUGAGGAUGGAUCCAUCACUUGGGGAUUCGAGAACGACGAUGGCUCGUUCAAGGAGGAGAUCAUCGGCGUCGACUGCAUAACCAGGGGGAAAUACGGCUACAUUGACCCUGACGGCAUCCGUAGGGAAUAUACGUACGAAACUGGAAUUAAAUGUGAUGCCGAUCAAGAAGACGAGGAGGAACAGAGCGGAUUUGUCGAUUAUUCGGAGAAUAAACUAGUCCUACCCAGUGGCAAGACCAUCGAUUUGUCGAGUAUGGGAAAGAAACAGGCGCGCAGACCUGGUCCCAUCUACAGGAAUUGAAAUAUAACGGAGUUUUAUUGAUUUAUUAGUUAUUUCAUUAAGUAUUUUUAAUUGAAAACAUGUAAAGUCUUUUGUACAAAAUGAAUAUGUGUCAAUAAUCUUUGGAGUUUUUUUUCUUGA